GAUUUGCCUACGCGUGAGUCUGAAUGGUUGCACCGUAACGACCCCGUCUGGGAGUACGGGUUCUAUGAACCAGAAGAAAAGAGAAUACCAAAAAAUAAGUUGAUGUUUCGGGAGGCACUUGAGGUUUUGCGAGCACGACAGGAAAUUGAAGAUGACAGCGACGGUCCAAAUGCUGCGAAAAUGAGAGAAGAAGCUCGUAAAGUUUAUGAAGAACACAAAGCUGUGGCCAGAGUUGAUCCAGAGAAACUGGACGAAAUGUGGGAGUACUUCCGACCAUUUGUGAGAAAAGAUACUCAGAAGGUAAGAUCUGAAAUCAACUGCCGUGUUUUGCCUCUCCUAAUAUUAGGUUAUGAGGACUUCAGCUACAUUUUAUCGCGGAUUUGUUAA